CGGCCGUGUGUAGAGAGCACUCUUUCACGUUGCUGCCAUUUCUUCUAACGUGCUGCUGCUUCCUUUUCCAUCCAUGCGCUGCAGAGCCUUUGUCCAGUCCUCUAGAAGGGGAAUAUGAUGUUUAUUGUUUUCUUGCACACUUAGGCUUAAAACAGCCAGUAAAACCAAACAUUCUCUUCCCAAGCAAGGCCUGGUGUUCAGAAUUGCUUGCGGAGAAAGCUUUCAGGUGGCUGUAUCAUUAGUUCUUCAGAGCGCCCCUGGAUCAGAUCAACCAUUGGCUUGACCUGUAACAUAGUCAGCUGAAAGUGACUUCUCAAGUUUCUUCAGGAUGCCUGCAGCACUUGUGGAAAACAGCCAGGUUAUCUGUGAAGUCUGGGCCAGCAAUCUAGAAGAAGAGAUGAGGAAGAUCCGAGAGAUUGUGCUCAGUUACAGUUAUAUUGCCAUGGACACAGAAUUUCCAGGUGUUGUGGUGCGACCAAUUGGUGAAUUUCGUAGUUCCAUAGAUUACCAGUAUCAGCUUUUACGGUGCAAUGUUGACCUUUUAAAAAUUAUCCAACUGGGCCUUACAUUCACGAACGAGAAGGGAGAAUAUCCCUCUGGAAUUAACACAUGGCAGUUCAACUUCAAAUUCAACCUUACAGAGGACAUGUACUCCCAAGAUUCCAUAGAUCUCCUUGCUAACUCAGGACUGCAGUUUCAGAAGCAUGAAGAGGAAGGGAUUGACACAUUGCACUUUGCGGAGCUGCUUAUGACAUCAGGGGUGGUUCUCUGUGACAACGUCAAAUGGCUUUCAUUUCACAGUGGCUACGAUUUUGGCUACAUGGUAAAGUUACUUACGGAUUCUCGUUUGCCGGAAGAGGAACAUGAAUUCUUUCAUAUUCUGAACCUUUUCUUCCCAUCCAUUUAUGAUGUGAAAUACCUGAUGAAGAGUUGCAAAAAUCUUAAGGGAGGUCUUCAGGAAGUUGCUGAUCAGUUGGAUUUGCAGAGGAUUGGGAGGCAGCAUCAGGCAGGCUCAGACUCACUGUUGACGGGAAUGGCGUUCUUCAGGAUGAAGGAGUUGUUUUUUGAGGACAGUAUUGAUGAUGCCAAGUACUGUGGGAGGCUCUAUGGCCUGGGCACGGGAGUGGCCCAGAAGCAGAAUGAGGAUGUGGACUCUGCCCAGGAGAAGAUGAGCAUCCUGGCGAUCAUCAACAACAUGCAGCAGUGAUGGCAGCAAGGCUCUGCAGGGUGGGCCCGACUCUAGAGUGGUGCUUACUGUGCUGACUCUGUAUACUUGUCUUCCUCCCCAAGAGAAAACGCUUCUUGAGUAAACUGUACCUACUGUCUGCAUUGAGCAGAAAGACUUGUUUUACUGAAGACAAAAGAUGUCUUUAUUUUAGAUCCAGAAGAGGGGAUUUUGUAAACAGGCCUUCCCUAUUCCUCAUCCCUAGGCCUUUCCUCUCCAGUUGCCUCCUGCCACCAGCAUCCAUGACUCAUUUGAUACCUUUUUAAAUAUCCAGGACAAGUGAGAAACAAACUAGUAAAAUGUAUAUAACUCUUGCCUGUUGUCAUUCUUUUUCUUUUAAAUUUGUUGCUAAUCUCUGAAGAUGAAAACUUCUUACUAUGAUUCUCAGCUGAGCUGAGGGCUUCCAGGGACAGUGGAACAAAAUGGUGUUUUUUUUAAGUGUGGGUUGUAAGUGUUCAGUCUUUUCCUUUCAUUUUUUUUUGACCCUUGAGGACAUUUGCUUUCCUCACACUUUGUUAGUCUUUUUUUAUGUACUCUUAUAUGGAAAUGAAUUAUGUACUUAGUGCUGAAAUUUGAAGACCAGAUAAUGAAAACUUUUCACGAAAACAAAAUUCUACUGAAUCUACCUUUUUAUUCAUGAGGAACUCCAGAGUGGGUAUUAGUUAACCACUAUCUUAAAGUCUGUGUUCCAUUGUGCCACUAUUUGCUAUCAUGUGUGCAUCAUUUGAAAUCACUUUAAAUUUUCAUAAAAUAUCCUGGAUUUGAUCCUUAGUAAUAUCAGAUUUUUGGAUCACAAGCGUGUUGUGAUUUCAGAUGGUCAUCUGUAUUUCCCCACCUCUCUUCUCUCUUUUCCCUGCUUUUCCUUUCAGCAAACCUGAGGAGAAGUUUGGGAGAAGGAUUAAUGUGAGUACAAGGAAUGUGAGUCUUUGAAAUGUUUUAGUGGUUCAUGUAAACAGGGCAGUAAGGAAUUUGGUUUAUAGAGUUCUCUUGGAGUAAUAUCCCACAACUGGGAUAGGAAGCUCAGGACUAUGAUUUUUUUUUCCAAACUACUCAUUUAAAAAGUACACUGUAUUUUUUUUCGAAUGACUACAGUAUGGAUAAUUUUGAAAAACCAAAAACUCCUUUGGAAUGGUGGAAAUGAAAACUGGUAACUCACUGAAGUGGAUGAAUAGUCUUGCAUUUUAAAAGCUUAUGGAAAACUCAAUUUGAAAUGAUUCAAAAAAUGUCAAGUCUUAUAAGCUGGUAUUUAAGAUGCUUGUAAAUAUAUUUAUGUUUUUAAUUUUGUAUAAUAAAGAUUUCUUUUUAACCACUGGCA